AUGUCGCCUUAUGCCAAUAGUAAACAAGUCUCGUAUAUUCCGCCAGAUACAAAAUAUAACAAAUAUCUUGAUUUAUACGUAUGUACACAAUAACUAUUACAAAACAGAUGUAGUUUCGGCUAUCUCUGCAAAUAUACUUUAUAUACUUGUAUAUAGAGAACGCUGUAUAGAAUUAAAUUAAAUUUCCCAAAAGUCUCAAUGUUUCACGCCCCGCGUGUGUGUGCCAAGACGUUUUAAUUGUGUUUCGAAAAUAUUUUAUUGUUCUGCGCUUAAAUAUUGUGACAAUAUGGGGGUACAUAUUGUAUGGUAUAUACGACUUGUUGCUCGAGUCGUUUAAUCGCAGUAAACGCGUUCGUUUUAACGGGGGAAAUCGUAUUGCAUUUUGGGACGUGAACAUAUUAUAGUCGUAAUAGUGUGCAAAUGUGCAAUUUGCCGCUGAUGAUGGCCUUAUAUUGUAAUAAUUAUUGUGAUUUACCGGUCUCGCUUAAUUGUGCAGUAUGCGUUUGUUCGAAAAGCGCACAAGGCGAGUGCACAUCCGAACCGCAACAGUGCAGUUACGACCGGAAACUGUAUAGUAUGUAAUUAUAUCGAUGCCAUAAUUUGUAGGGCCUUUGCGUUAUUCGAGGGGUGUGUGUGUGUGUGUGUGUGUACGAGUAUAACACAUAAUUUAUUAUACAUACAUAUAUAUUAUUAUAUAUGCUUAAAUACGGAGCAUGUAUGGUGUUAAUUUCGCGAGAGUCGUUUUAAAACGAACGGUGGUCUCUAUAUAAUCGUCUAUCGGUUACUUCGGGUCUACAGCAGUAUAAAUCGUAUGAACUCAUUGUGUGUGUCUUGGUUAAAUUAGGUUAGGUUUUUUAUCUAUAUCGUGGAGAAUACAUACAAAUCUAGGUUCUAAAAUCAAAAAGUAUGCAACAUUGUUACCAAAAUCACAAUUUUUUAUAUUACGAAAGACUGAGAAAAGGUUUUCUUUAAAAAUUAAAAAAUUAAUUUUUCUUCUGCAAUUUAGAAUGGGUAAGAAACUCGAAACUGCCAUCAAAAGUUAAGAUUUUUAGUCUUAAUUUAUUAUUUAUUUUCAGGUUGACGUUUGGAAUAUAUGAAGUUUGAAUUUUGACUCUGGUUAAAUAUAUAGGCUUCAGUAUCAAAACUAAUCAAAUCCAAUUAAACUUCUACGUUUUGAAACGUUUUAAUAUUUAUUGGUCUUUUCAUACCUCUGUAGCGGAAAAUUUAAGAGUAACCUAUGUUCUCACUUGAAUGGCGUAAAUUUUGUUCAAUACUACGGCCAGUAUAACGGAGAUGUCUUAAGAGAGGAGGUGAAUUUAAAAACCACAUAAGUAGUGGAGUACAAUUUCUUAAAUAAUUAAUUGUAGGUAAUAAUUUAUAGUGGUUAAAAAAACUCCAAAGGGAGAAGGUGAUCCGCUAAUAUCCCUCACUGUCUAAAGCUGAUAUACGGUAUGUUACACCUGCACUAUUUAUCUUAAUUUAUGGAAGAAUCGGUCAAAUCGACGUAGUUUCGAUACUAAAACAGGAAUUUGUUCAUCACUUCAAUCAAAAACUUUACAAAUUUUCUUGUAGCAUUUUUAUUUAUUUAUUGUAUUGAGGAGAUAACUUUUUUAUUUUACUUGUCAUUUUCUGAAAACAAUUUUCUAUUGUCGAGGCUGUGUAAGAUCGUUUAAAAUCGACUUACAAAGACUUUUGCUGCAUGGUAACCAAAAUAUUUCUUAAGUUGACUAUUUGAAUGGUACCCAUCGAUUAUUUUCGUUUUUCGAAUUUUUUCGUGUCUGAUUGGAUCGGGGCAUUUUGGUCCACCAAUACGUUACCGUCAAGUUCAGCUAAGCUAUUUAUUAUAAUUUUAAAAUAACAAUAACUAUCUAUACAAGUAUAUAUACUUUUAAAACAACACAAAUUUCUAUAAACUUUUAUAUAGCUGUAAAAAUACAGGAUUUUAAAAUGAAAUUCAAAUAAUACAUCGUGAUAAUAAUUUUUUCAAGUAAGAUCAUAUAAAACAUACAAAAAUAAAAACAAUUUAAUUUUGCAUAUUUGAAGCAUUUUAAAUAUUUAGUGCUAUUAUAUGGCUAACAAUAAUUAUAUUUUGGCUAAUAUGUAUUAAUUGUCAUUUAUUUUUUGUUUACGAAUAUAAAUCUUUUCCUCGCUACUUUUGGACACUUUUAGAGCUCCUCUGGAACAAAUGAUCUCAAGCUUGUUUUAUUGGUGAAUUAAUGUACAUUUUGGUUAAAUUUCAAUAUGAAUUUCACCGUGUUGCUACGUUAAGAGGAUUAUGUUUAACUUUGACACCCCUACAGAUACCCCAAAUGAAGCCGAAGGGAUGACAUUUUGUAUUUGUGGAGGAAAUUCAUCUCUAGCGACGGAGCUGUGAUUAUUUCACUAUUUUUGUUUGUUUUUAAGGCAUAUUAUAAUAAUUUAUAUUUCAGUACUUUGUAUGUGCUACAAAAUCCAAGUCUUGGUUAUGACGUAUUAAUUUAGGUGUCAAUUAUAAUCUAUUUCGAACUCGUUCUCGUGUUGUACAGGUAUUAUAGACACCCCAAUUUCGAAACCCGCACGAUCCAUUCCGUAUACCGCAAUCAUAAUAAUACAUAAUCAUAUCGUAACUAUAUAAUAAUAAUUAUACGGUGUGUCUCAUAGUGAUCGUGUAUAGUGUGCAGCGUUUAAAAAAUAAAAUAUCUAGUCAUUGACCUUUGUGUGUGUGUAGGUUUACCGUUUACGUCAAAUCACCCUUUGUUUUUUUUUUUUUUUUUGUUGUUGUGCCGCUCAGCAAUAAAGGUGAAUAAUCUAAAAUGCGUUUACCGAGUACGCUUAAAAUGUACAUUUAGUAUAAUAUUAUUUUACAGUUUACACACCUCCAGUUAAACGGCUAUAGAAUUAAGAGUUAACUCAUUUUUAUGUGAUAUUACCCAUAUCUUUCUCAGGUAUAUAAAUUAUAAAAGUAUAUUAUAUACAAACCUAAUGGGUAAAAUCCGAGUUGUAUAUGAGUGUAGCUACUAGCACUGUUAUAAUAUAAAUCUGUAUAGAGUUACAUUAUAGACUAAUGAUGAAAGGAUAUACAGAGUAAUUAUUUUUAUCAUGAAUCGACGAUUAUCGAUAGGUACCUAAGAAAAUGAACGAGUUACUCGAAAUGUCUAAACUGUUUGAUUUAAGUUAGUUAUUCAUUUCUUACUUAAAAUUAGUUUGAAAGUUGUUUAAAACAAAUAAAUAAAAUUUCCGACAUACCUAUGUAAAUAACUAAUUUAAUUGGACGUGUUUCGAUGAAUAGUGCCUAAUAACUUAAGUAGAAAAAAAUACAUCUUAUAUCAACCGGUAUAACUUUUUAAGCUAAAUGGCAAAAAACAAAUAUUCGUCUAAACAUUGUAAUAGAUAUUUUUUCCUCUCAUAUUAGUCGAACCGCCUAACCGGGAGGGAGGAGGCACCGCGUUAGCAUUGGUAUUUUAACAGUAUAUAACAGCAUAACUGUUGUUCACAUUUUAUAGCCCUUGUAUGAAAAAUUGAAAAAUUGUAUAUUUUAUAUUGUAUAAAUAUGUACCUACAUGUACAACAUUUAAAAAGAAAAAGAAAACUAAAAAUAAAAUAAUCUACUCGAAAUCUUCACAUUGCACAGAUAAUCUUCGGUUCGUAAAACGCCCAGUAUAUCUGUCUUCGACAAAAGAUUAUUAUAUAAUGUUACCGGGUCUGUCCGUUCCCAUCUAGGAACCCGAUUACCCGAGGUCCCUGGAAGGCAACGAUUUUAUCCGGUCCGGAGUUUCCCGCGGCCGAUAAGGGGCGGUUCUGUAACUCUUAUAGUCACUUUCAUAGUUUACUAUUGACUAUGGCUAGUGUUUUAGUUAUCGUUAUAGUCAGUUACUCAAAUAAGAUUUUAGUCAGACUAAAAUAAAGUCCAUUAUGUAACUAAAAUAAUGAUAUAGUUAUAGUUUAAAAUGUAGGUGCUUAAACAGCUCUGAAUGGAUUGUAAUAUGAUAACAGCUAUGUUCUACCUAUAUCAAAAAUUUAAUUUUUUCGUUGUUUUAAUUUUUAUUAUUCUGUGGUAAUAACAAUAAAAUACAAUUUAGCAAUGUUUUUAAAUGUAUUAUUAAACGAUAUUGAAGAACGAAAUAAUUCAAAUGAAUUCCGUUUGUAUCGACAAUACUUGAGGGAUACAACCAAUCCAUUUGAAUUCUCUGAGUUCAAUUUAAAAAAAUUGUGUAGGAGGUUACCAAAAAAUACGAUUUUUAUGAUAAUCAAUUUAAUGCACCCUUUUUUAAAAAAACAAUCGACGUAAUAGACUUACAGUAGAAGUUCAAAUGAGUAUAAUUUGCAUUUAAUGCUGUUAUUUAAAUUGUAGAUUAUAAUAUUUAGAUACUUGAGUAUUUAACCAAUUUAACUAAUAUUCAAUUAUAAUUUAAUCAUCCCAACAGUAAUCACAAAAUAAUUCAAAAUUGAUAUAUGUCAACAAUUCUGGAAUUAUAAUUAUUUAUUGAGCAGUUGGCAACAGUUUUUUUUUUUUUUACAAUAAUAUCGUGUUAUUUUCCGGUGACUAAAAAGUACGUCUAUUAGUCUCAAAAAAUAAAGUCGAUUUAAAAAUUAUCUUUUAGAAUCGCAGAAUCGCUGUGGACUUUAGAUCACAUUUACAGAAUCGCCCCUCUGGUGAUCAUUUUGACGGCUGCGUAACUUUUCUUGGACACCGGCGACUUCCACUGGCAGUAAACCGGUCGGUAGGAUGCCUGGUGCACGGUCAACCGUUUCCUCCCGACAAUGACCCAGACCGCAGUGUAUGUAAUAAAAUUUUAAUUGCGUUUUCGAAUUUAAACUGUACACCCGUAAACAGGUAACUAUUAUAUACGCUUUGUAAACAAGCAUUUAUAGAUGUAUUGGUUGCGCGAUUUUAUAGGUUAAAUUCGGUUAAAACUUUCGGUUUACUGUGCAGCUAAUAACGGGAUAUAACCACGAACAAACGGAAUAAUAGUUAGGCAGAUUUGCAGUUUUAUACAAGUAAUUUAGAUGAUAAGUUAAGAUAAUUCAUAAAUAUCGUUUUAACAUUGAAUAUAAUUGUCAUACAUUAAUAAUCAAUAUGAAUAAACUUGUGAAAGAAUUAUUUUAUUAAUAUUGACAAUAAUAAUCUCAUUUUAUUCUAUUGCAGUAUAAGUGAAGAUAUUCUGUUGUGCUAUUUGUAAUACAGACGUAUUGUGUGAAGGAGUAUAGAUACCUGUAAAUUUCUAUCUAAAAAUAUGUUUGAUUUUAUACCAAUAGUUGUAUUCAGAGCUCCCCCUUCCAUAAUAUGAAAAUGCUGAGAACGCCACUGACCGUUAUGGACUACCGUGUAUAUUACAGUAUUCUCGCCCCUUUAUCCACAGAUUACAAUCUGUAUACGUUUGUACAGUAUAUAAUAAUAUGUAAUUAUUUGUAGAUUCACAAUAUUAUACAGAAACGAUUCCUGUGUAAACAUUUCAAUGGUUUUUUUUUUUGAGAUUUUUUCUCCUAAGGUUCACGCCCGUAGUAACAAUACAAUGAUCGCGGAUCGAGAAUAUAAUAAUGAUAACAAUAUAAUAAUAAGAUAAAUCAAUUUGCCGCGCGUAUACAAAUAGGCGCACGCGUGAAUAUAUAAUAUUAUAAUAUAAUAAAAUAUAACAGGCGACAUGUACUCGGUCGCGUAUUUACAGUCCCUAUACGAAUUCUGUCCAAACAGAAACGUAACCAAGUUGAUUUUAGGAGGUCUUAAUAGUUUUGAAAAACGUAACCUAUUGUUAUCGUGGUCUUAACCACGAUAAAACUCCAAAGUAAUUAGUGUCCCAAAUGUUCACCUAUAGUAUAAAAAAAAAUCUAGGUGUUAGCCAACGAAAAUCCAAGACGGGUUGCGUAUUUACGCUCGGAUAGGGUCUGUAAAUACGAAACCCGGGGCCGGGUAAUCAAGUCGUGGUACGCGGGUACCAGUUUUGUCGUCGCUGCCGCAGUAUUAUUGUAACAAUGCGCGCAGAUAAUGCGCGCGAGAUAAGAAUAUUAUAUUAUAACAAUAAUAAUAUAUACCUACUUAUAAGAAGAAACUAUUUGGAAAACUCGCCGUAUAAAAAAUAUUGUAUUAUAAUAAAGUAGCCGCCUAGUACACGUGUUAAAUGGAGAACGGACUUAACACACACAAUAUGGGGUCAAAUGUUAGGUUUACGACGCGUAUUUGCGCACAUUGUAUACGAACUUUACUAUAGGCAGGUAUGUGAUAAUAUUACGACUGUGAACAAAUAAAAUAGAAGGAAAAAAAACGGUCGUCGCCGGAAGAAUGAAAUAGAGUCGUUUCGCGCGGCGCGACGGACAAUGGCCACUACGCAGUCAUCGUCGUUAGGAAAAUCUCUCGAUCGGAUCGCGCGAAAGUGGUCAUCUGAUAAUAAUAAUAUUACGAUAUUAUUGUAUCUUUUUUACCGCGCUAAUAGGCGUCACGAAGCAUACGUGUUAUAGUGCAUAUAAUAUGCAUAACAAAAAUUCCGAUUAACUGCUGAUAACGGGUGUUUUACCAAUAUUGUAUCAAUGUUGCCGAGAUUUUAGCAUACUCAGGAAGUCGGCUAACUAUAAAUGAUGUAUAAAAAAAGUAUUUUGAUUUGUUGUAUCGCCCGUAUACAAUGUUAAAUCAAUGCUAUAAAAUAAAAUAAAACGGUUCUCACCGAAGUUCGGUUAAAUACGUGUUUAUUGAAGUGACCUGCUUUGUACGACUUCAGUCAAAAUUAGAACUUUGGGUUGCUUUUGAUUUUUAAAAUUUUUUCGACUGUGGUAAAUCGAUAAAUUGGUUAUUUUUUAUUUAUAUUCUUCAUAAUACGUACAAUUUUCAGAAUAUUUAAAAUCCAUCAAACGCAAAUCCUACAGUUUUACCUAGUUAUUCGAACUAAAUACUUUUUAUUUUUAAUGACUGCAAUCCGUUUAAAAAAUUAUACAAAAAAAAACUACUACAUUGCGUUCAAUUGUUAGCUUUUGAGCUUAGCAAAGAGUAAAUUAGUUUGACUGUGUAUGUGGUUUUUAAGUAUAAAAUCUUUUCUGAAAUCAAAUUUUUUCUAGUUGGUUCGAGUAAGAAGGUUAUUUUUUGAUUUUCGGAAAAAUUUAAAGAUCUGCAGUUUUCCAAGGAUACUUAUAUUAACUCAAUUCUAGAUGUAAUACAAGUUUGAGUGCAUUCUGACUAUUUUUAAGCUAUUUAUAAUCCAUUUGACAUUUUCUAUAUUUUUCCGUGCGUAAACGGGUCGUCGAGUUACGAGUUAAAAAAAAAAUACGUCUAAACGAGUUGCACCGUUCGUUUGCGGUAACAAAUAGAAAAAAAAAAAUGAAAAAAAAUACAUCUCGCUCCGUUGUGAAUCUAAUAAUAAUAUUCAGUAUGCGUGUAUGUAUUAUGAUGACUAUAAUUGAUUACUAAACGAGAGUUAAAACGGUUAAACCGGUUAAAUUUUGGUUAUUAUCUAAGGGUGCCUGUCACGUUGCCAUUAGGUACUAAUAAUGUGUAUAUAAACGAUAUUCGUCUUCCGCUCCGGAACCAGACGGUCGAAAAACGUUUUCGUUUCGGCUGUUUUUUUUCUUUCGCUACAUUUUAUUUCCCCGAAACGCACAUGCGUCGACGGCCUUUUAGCGUCGACAGGCCUCGUUAUUUAUCAUUCCGAAGAGAGAGAUAGAGAGGGAAACGUGAAGAGGAGUCCGAUUGCGCGAGAGUUCGUCGACGACAACGGUCCUCGGAGGUAACUAUAUAUCCACGGCCAAAACAUUUGGCGCCCCGGGUCAGCCGUAUACCCGUCGAAACUGGGGACUGGAGUUACAUGUAUACUUAGUUUAUUAUGUGCAUAUACACUGUGUACGUUUAGUGCAUUGUAUACACUGGGGUGGUGUCGCGUUCUCGCGCCUUCCCCGAACCGGACGGGGCAAUAUGGUGUAGUCGGCGGAUACGGCGAAACAAAAAUCCACUCCGGUGUAAUACUUGAGUGUACAUUAUUAUUAUUUUUCGUAAUUUAUAAUAUCACGUUCUCCCGGGAUCCGCGUGUUCGUAUCCGGAACAGCAGUAAAGUCUGGGCGCCCCCGUAAACUAUAUUAAUGACGUUUAACAGCGCAAUUAACGCAGUGCCUAUACCGAAAUUUAUGACGAAAUCCUGUCGGUGACGACGGUAUAUUUUUUCUUUUUUUUUUUGCGGCGUGUUGCCGAUCAAGUUUGUGUGCUAAUAUACUUUUGUUACGAUAUUACGUGGUAUUGGCACUAUAGAUGUUAUGUAAAAACGACAAUUUACCUAAUAUUAAUCAUAGUUUAGGUUAACCCAUUCUAAUCUAUUUUCUGGCAUAUCAAUCUUAUACUUAAAUACGUUUUCACUCGGGUCAGUGUAGAAAAUGCUAUUUCAGGAAUGUAAAGCAUAACUAGAAACGUAGUUAACGUAAAAUCGAAAAAUAGUAUACGUACAUAUACAUAACCCACUGCUACACAACAAAAUUACCUAUUUUGAGUGUAAUUAUGUUUUAUUCGGCAAUUAAAUUUCCGGUAAGAUUACAACGGUGUAAAUCGGGUUACUAUUAUAUUAUACUAUUAAAAUAUUACACGUGGACCAAUUAUCUCAACACGUGCUUAUACUAUUGUUUGUUAUAUGACGGACUCGCCUCCAGACCAAUGAAAAACACUGCGAAAGUUGUCAAUUCGUGAAUCAGAACUCCCGUGCAAAAAUAACGCUUAAGACGCGAAACCACGUGCCGAUUUAGUAGUUUUCCUGUAAAAACAUGGCGUCUUGGAAGUGAGAAAGAGAGAGAGAGGGAGAAGCACUGUAAUAGGCGUGGUUUGGCGAUGUUUUUUCUUUUGUUAAACAGUGUGUUGCAUUGUUUGCUAUUUGGUUUCAAUAUACUAUGUUUACUGUACAACAUACAUUGCCAAUGGUAUAAAAUCGAAGUCAUUAAACGUAGUUUUUAUUUGUUUGCUUCAGGUUGUUGAAAAGUGCAUUCAGUUAUAAAAAAAAUUACUGUAGUAAACAAUAAACUGUCAGAGUAAAGUGUAAGGUCCUAACUUAGCACCUUACCCUGAGUUUAUUCAAUUCUAGUUGGAUAUUAUAAUAUAUAUUUUUGAAUUUUACUAUGCAUAUCUCCGUUAUCUGAGGUUUGAGUUCUAUGGUUGAUUAUUGAUCACGUGUGUAUUAUUUGGUAUACUUUGGGUUGGGUUAUGAACGCCUUGAAGGUAUCCAUAGGAUCCCUAGGCUUUACUGGUUAAUGUUAGUAGAGUUUAGAUUAAACGCACUUGAAUUUCUUAUAUCAAAUCCAGGCAUUCCGUUUAUUCUUAAUCGAAUUUUCACAGUAUCUAAUAGUAUGCACCAUAUCGAUUUAGUAAAAGAAACCGAUAUCGAUAGUCCAUCGGAAAUUGUUCUGUGAAAUCGCCAAUAUACGUAAACUGUUGCAAUAUAAUGAUUAUCUUUAGAUACAUUACUAUAUAAUGCUUGAGAUUCAUUUCAUAAUAAAUACCAAUAUGGUUCACACACAAACGUCAAUAUAUUUUUAGAUGCAUUAAAAAAUAUGCAAAAUUACACCGACAUUAAUCAUUAUUAUACUUAUAAACUUCUAUUGUCGAAGUAAAAAAAAAAUCCAUCUAAGAAAAUAUGCAAGAUCAAAUAGUAUUAUUACCGACAAUGACUCGAGGAUAAAUUUGUUUUCUUCUUUUUGCUCAUCAAGAUAUGGACCAUCGUCGAUGUCCAUAGAAAAAAAAAAAUUCGGAUCGUUACAAUCGUUAUUUUAUUAUAUGAUCGUGUAUACGUGAAACAUGUAACUAUCAUCGGAUAAUACUCGGAUUGUAUUGUGCGGCAUAAAAAUCGAACAGUUCUCGAUAUUAUUGCCCAAUAAAGUUAUGGCAAUGUACGGUCAUUUAACGUGGUAUAUGGUAUAUGAUCCCAGUGUAGAGGCAUACGCACACGCGAGCCGUAUAGUAUUUAAAGUUGCACAGCGCAGACUCGUACAAACGCGACAGUAAAAAAAAUCUGAAUAAAAUUAUUCUAUGCUCGUUUGCAAUUUAUGCGUUUCCAAACCGGUCGAUUGUCGUUGUAAUAAUAUUCUCCGGAUAAAACGAGCUGCUAUUGUGUGUGUAUCUAUCUAUAUGUAAUAUAAUUAUAAUUUUACCGUAAAGAAAGGUCGUGUAUAUUAUUGUGUAAUGUCAAACGUACUAUUAAUAUUAAUUUUGAAAACAUACUAAAAUCCACAAAAAUUAUUUUUCUUGAGCAUUGGCACGUGAUGGACAUAGACUGGAUAAUUAUUGACUCAACCUCUCAUAAUGGAUCUAUUAUAAUUCAGUAUAAUUGUUCACAAGUCUUAUACUCUUAUAUCGUUGGUCUUAGAUGUGGAAAAAGAACUUAAGGCGAUGUUAUAAAAAAAAUAAUAGAAAAUAACGGAAACUAUAGAAAAAAUUAUACAAAAAGAAAAUGUAAAACACUGAUUUAACUUCUUCUUUCUUAGAAUCAAAGAUAUUUCCAUACAUCUAUCUAUAAUUUUAAUAUAUUAGUCUUUAAAUAUGUGUUUAGAAACUUGGUUCCAAUUUGUCUCACCACUGAAAAUUUCCUUAUGGGCGCCCCCAAUGCCUUACCUAACCUAACUUAUAAGUUAUAUUUGGUUAUACGAUGGAACGAAAUUUUUUUAUUUAAUUUUUCGUUUAAUCGAUCGCAGAACACUUUUCUAUCGAUCUAAAAAGUUGUACAUUAAGGAUAAUUUAUUAAACUUGAUUCGAUCGAGAAGAGAUAGUCUGCCUACAAUCGUACAGAUUUUCGGUCGAAAACCCUCUCGAAUGCCGUUUAUUUUUACUGUGUAUUAAAUGCGUGCAAGGUGACACAUAUUUUUCAUUUUUCGUGGGAAACGAACCGUGACCGUGCAAAUAAAAUUAUAACUUUCGUAACUUAAUUUAAAUAUAUUAAUGAAUACCUAUUAUUGUAAUGCGGAUGCGUUGAAUAAUAUUUUUAUACCGUGCUAAUUUAUCCGACAAUGUAUACGCUCUUGCAAUGUGAAAUAAUAAUUGUAUGCGUGCGGAUGUUACUCGGGUGUCCGUUCGCGUGACGUUAUAUUUUAAUUUAAUUUUUUAUCCCGUCUUCGCGAUAUUACCCGACAAUAAUAUUAUCAUAGUGUUUAAUAACAUGCUGCUAUUUCGGAUCUGAAAUGACCGUGCAAAUGCUGCCAUUGCAAUUUGCUUAUGAAUUAUCAAAAUUGUAAUCAUUUAAACCAAUUCAUAUAUAAUAGCUCCGUUAUUAAGUACUAGUUAUACUAAAGUCAGUGGUGUAUUUAAGGAGGGAGGAAAUUAUAAAGAAAUAUCACCCCUACCUUGAUAUUUUUUUAGUAUCUUAUUUAAUGAUGACCUUAUUUUUAAAUUCAAAUUUAUUUACCUUUUAAUCAAAAAUGUCUAGUUAAUUUAUCAAAAAACCUCAACUUAUAUAAUUAUUUUUGUACACAGUGCCGAAAUAGGUUUUUUGAGGCAAUUUCUUCAUGACCAAAAUAUGACCAAAUAUGUUGAAUAUUGAUCGACUAGUUCAGAGAUGCCUUUCGUUUAGUGUAUUAUAUUAUUAACAUUCUUAUUUACGAAUAUGAUAGCCUAUAUUAUGUAGUCAAUAUAGCUAAAUAAAGUUUUUGCCUUUAUUAUUUAUAGGAUAUAUAAAAAUCCAUUUCUCGAGUGGGUGGAUCCUAAUUUGUUCGUUUUGCCUCAAGUAUGAAGAAUGUUCGGCACACUACUAUAGUUUUACAACUUAACGGCCUUUUAGCCGUCGGUAUUGUGUCGCGCAAAUUAGGAGCACGAUUAAGGAGGGCGAUUAGGAGGAACAUAAUUUGCCGUAAAGCCCGCUCAAAAUUUUCGCAAAUUCAAUCAAAAAACCAAACUGGACCUUUUUUCCACUCAUAAACUCUCUUAUUAAUGUGAGUGCACUGCGAUAAUACCACCCCCAAGGUUAAAGCCCAUGCCAAACUAUAUAUUGUCGGCUACUCAGCAUAAACACGGCAAACGUUGUUUUUUUUUUUUUGUUAAAAACUUUUCUUCCAGAAAUCUUUCUCCGAUCAAAAACUUUUUUGUAAUUUUAUUUAUUAAACCAUUGGUAGGUCAUUUUUUUUUUUGUGAUAUUCUUUAUAAUAGUUUUCUUGCCGCAGUUUUUUAAAAUUUGUUAAAAACGACUUGUGCGUUUUUGCUAGGUAGCCGACGACAUACAGAGCGCGUCCGUAUACACAAUUCUAAAAUAUCGAGGUGCACACAUUACAACAUAUUGUAAUAAUAUUACCUAUAUAUGUAUAUAUUAUAUACAAGUACUUGUACACAUCAGACACCGGCCGCGUUGAUGUACGUAGGUAUAUAUCUUCGUCGGGCUUAUGUAUAGCUGCAAUUAAAUAAUGACCAAAGUCUCCUGGGGGGUUCUACGCCGUCGUCGUAGGCGUAAGUCUAUAAUAAUAUAUAAUAUAUAUAUAUAUAUAGGUAAUGUAUGUUUAACGAGUGUGCGUAGUGGCACGAGGUAUGUAUAAUUGCUAGACGACAGGGCGGGAGAAAGGGUUAUUAUUGUUGUCGUGUACAGGUGUAAAUUAAACAAAAUAUAUAAUAUUAUUAUAUUAUCCGUUUCUCCUGUGUGUUGGUCACGAACGCGUUCGAAAAGAAACGGCAACAGCAGCAGCAGCAGCAGCUGAUAUAAUAGGCGUUUGGGAAUAUUAUAACAAACUAUAAUAUACCUACAUAUAUACGAAAAUUGUAUAUUAUAAUAUCUAUUCCUCGAGAACCACAGUAGUUUUCUGCGGUUCUAUAUAAUAGAAAUAAUACUAUAGUUGAAUACAAAUUAGCGUGCAACAUGCUAGAUUAGUUAUAAAAUUAUAGUAAGUACAUCAUCGUCCGUGGAUAAUUCCAGCCGUGUUAAGCCACUUGGCCCUUAGGGACAUCAAUUUUUAAAUAUUCCCUCUAAAAGUGUUAUUUGGAAAUUAUUUGGUAGGUUAAUCUAUCCAAAUUUAUGGUUUUUAUCAAAAUUUUAAUAAAAUCAUAUUAAAAUUCCAACAUUUUACUUCUAUCAAAUAAAAUUUUGCUGAUUUAUGAACGAUAGUGAAGUCAGAUUUGAGCGUAUUGACUUAGUUUCGAAGUUAUAUCUUUUUGAAGUUGUAAUAUUACCUAUACCAUAUAUUAUAUGUUGUAUGUUAAACAAAUCUACAUUGUCAAUUUUAAAAUAUGUUUCUCGUAGUAAAAUAGUAAAGUAGGUGGUACGUUUCUAUUGUCAUCAUAGAAAUCGCGUGAUUAAACCCGUAUUUUAAAAAUACUUGUUUGCAUUUGUUUUUUCUCUUUUACUUAAACAGGGUAAAAACAAAGGCAGUUUGGAUGUACCUAGAGACCUAAAGCAUCGCUCGCUCGGACUAUUUUAAUCGAAAAAUGUCCCUUGAUUUAUUGUGCAAACUUUUCUACCAGAAAUCUUGUUCUGAUGUAUCAAGUGUAGCAUCUUUUCUGAAAGGAAAUUUUAUCCACAUUGUACUUUAAGGAGGUAAUUUUUUGAUUUGCCCAGGAGUUUUCCCAAUAAAUGAGAAAACCCGGAAAAAAACGGGGUGUAUAUAUACAAUAUUAAACAAAUAUUAUUAAAGAAAAUGUGUAAUACAUAUUAUGUUAUUAUUUUACCAUAAUGUGACACAUAUAUUGUUGACAAAGCAACACUAUUAACCGAAUUUCGCUCAGAAUCGGUUUUUAUUAGCAAUGAUUAAUCGUUGCAUACAUAUAUUAUACUCACCUUUAUAUUUUAUCUUCCCAACUUCUCACCUACAUUAGUAGCCCACUCAUCGUGUGAAGUAUGUCCGUACCUUUUUUUCCAUAAUUAUCUCAUUUUAAUGCAAGUGUCAUCUCCCCCUCCCUGGUUUUUCAAAAAAUUAUUUUAACAUUGAAAGUAAUUAUACGGAAAUGAAGGGAAAUUGUUCGAAAUUUCGAAAAAUGUUUCAAAUAAAAACCCGCCAUACCUUUUAAGAGACUAAAUGCGUAGACAAUAUAAUUUUAAUGUAUCUUAGUUGUAUCAAAUAUUUAAUUUAUAAAGUGUAUCUUCUAUCGAAUAUCUUGUAUUUCAAUAGUUGUUACAUAUAAUUAUCUAGUAUGCUGAAAAUCAAUGAUUCUUAAGUCGAGUGUCAUAAAGAUACUCAGUAACAUACGUAUUGUAUUUUUAAUUUUAUUUUCAUAUUCCUCUUGGUAUUUUUUAGACGGCGUUACACUGGGCGGCCAAACACGGAAAUAUGGACAUGGUAAAAAUGUUGGCCGGCACGUACGGCGCCAACGUCAAUAUUAAAACUGUGAGUAUAGUAAUUUUUUUUUAUUAAUAUUUAUGAAAACCCACCCAUCGGAAAAACGUUCACGUUUAAAGUUCAUUUAAAAAUAAAAUCGAACUCAUCAUAAGUUAUAAAUGGUUAAAAGUUACAAUAUUAAAAAUUUAAACUUAUUAUUUCAGUAGAAAAUAAAAACUUUUAAAACAUCUGAUAUUUAAUGAUAAUAAUUGUAUGCGCUGUUUGCCUUUUAGUAGAAAUCAUUAUUAUAUGGAAUUAUCGCGGUACAACCGGUUAAAUUUAAAUGCGUAUUAAAAUUAGAAAGAAAAAAACAGACUAGGUCGUCAACUUGACUGGAUGUUGAUGAAAAUUAACUUUCAACUCGCCUUAAACUUUACACCGCUGUCGCGAUAUUUAUACGGUUUUUGGUUUCUCACAAUAAUAUUAUUUACUAUGUUAUUUCCCUCUACUUCAUAUCUCAGUUGGUGUUACCGAACCGGUGCAUGAUACCUAUCUAUACUUAACAAUUUUGAAAUUAGUAGAUUCUUUUGCCGUCAAAUUUAGACCUGGGGGGGCCCGCCGAAAACCCGCUCAUCUCCGACCUCCGUUAAAUAUAUAUUAUUAUGAUGUGGUUGGACUAAUCAGUUCCUACCCGCUACUAUAUAAUAACUAUAUUCGAUGAUGACUACCUAUGUACGCAUCGAAUAUAAACAAUUGAAAAACAAUUUGUUCGUUAAAGUAAUAAAAAAAUAAUAAGUAGGUAGGUACACUAGAUACCGUUGAAUACGUGCCUAUAAGGCAUUCAGUAUAACCGUUUUCGUCCGAACGUAUUUUUCUUAUAUAUUUCCGCCAAAAACCAUCAUUUUCCCGUUUUCGCUUUGUUGCCAGAUGUUAAAAGUGUUGAUUUGUAAAACGAAUAUCAUAUUAUCAUAAAUAUGACGAGAAAUUCAUGUAAUUUAUAACAGUUUAAAUUUUAAACUGAAGGAGUAAGGAAGGGUUGUAAACUUUAUAUUAUCCAUUUGAAAGAAAGAUGGGUUCCUAUUUGAAAAUCAAAGUGUAUACUCAUUUAAGAUACAAGGAGUAGUGGUAAAAAAUCGGAACUGUUAAAAUUAAGCUUAAACGAUCACUGAUUAGGUUAGAUUAAAGGUAAGGUUAGGUUAGGUAAUAAAUGGAUAACCUUAUAUUGAUGUACUUCUAUUAUUAUUAUUAUUUUUAUUUUACCAUGUGACUGUUAAAUGCUAAUAUUUACUUAAUUUAUAAAUCGCACUCUUGGUAUAUAAAACUACAGGUUUUUUUUUUUUUUAAUAAUUAGUUUUUUGGUCAUAUUUGGUAUAUUUUCAGCAGUGUUUGGAAUGAAUGCACUCAAUGAAUUUAAUUCCAUUUUAAUAGGAUGCAAUUUUUUUUUUUUUUAAUUUAAAAAAUUGGCCAAUGCCAAUUCAUUUAUUUUAAGUCAUGAUGUGACUUUAAUAAUGAUUGAAUUUCAAAAGAAACUAUUUUUAUUUUUAUUUUGACGCGCUCAGAAUGUAUUCGUUAUGCAAAUAGAAAUAGACAAAUAAUGGGUACGCGUUCCUUUUUAAUAACAAAAUAUAAUAAUACGUGUUUUAUAUAGAGUAACGUUCCGUGUAACUUGCCAAUCGUCCGAAUUCCUGAGCUCCAUAUGGUUUACAUAAUACAGAUACCUAUAAUAAUAAUAAUAAUAAUAAUAAUAAUAAUGUGGCCCGGGGACCGAAACGAUUAGUAUUAUUAUAAUAUAUAUAUAUAUAUAUAUAAUGUAAAAAGUAUAAAAUUCCGACGGAAUGCUGGGCUCCCUCUGUAUCAUUAUCAUUAUUAUACUGUACAGGUAUCUAUCUAUAUAGUGUGUAUAAUAUUAUAUAUUAUAUUAUAAUAUGUACGAUGAUGCUGCCCGUAAUAACAAUAUUAUUAUAAUCUAAUAUACAGAGUUAUAGAUACGCGCUACAGAUAACUCGUAUUAUAUGCAUACAUAUGUAAUAUAUAGCGAUAAUAAUAAUAAUAAUAAUAAUAAUAAUGAUUUUUAAAUAUUAUACAUUAUUCAUUACGCGCCGGCUGCGGCGGUAUAGGUAUAACCGUCUCUGUGUUGUAACGCUACGGUAUUAUACGUGGUGCGUAUAUUACGUACCCGCGCUACUAAAAAUAACGUGGAAAAUAUUACGUGUACCGCGGUAAUAACAAUAAUUAUACGUGUGUAUUAUAUACACGGAUUAUUCGAUUUAUAAUAAUAAUUAUUAAACAAUAUAACGCGAGCGAUUGCCGCGGUUGCGCACCGGUACUAUCCAGUUUUCCACGUUUUGUUUUUUUCCGUUCUUUAUAGGUUUGUUUUUUUUUUUUUCACUUUUUUCCGCGCCCGUCUUUGCCCGUCGGUAGGUUUUAUACCUAUUUUUUUUUUUUUUUUUUUUUUUUUUUUUUUAUAUAUAUAUACACACGUUUACGAUUAUUUUGUAUACAUAAUAAUAUUGUAUACCUAUAUAGUAUAAUGUGUGUAUAUUUAUAUUUUCCCUCCGGUUUUUAUUAUUAUUAUUAAAUAUCCCGGCGACGACAACCGCGACGAAGACGGCGGACGAGCGGAAAACGACGCCACCGAUUCGGGGCCCCCGGGGACUAUUGUCGAGCGUACCCGCCGCGGUGCGGUGGUGUAGUGUUUUACGAGUGGAUAUCGUCGUCGUCGUCGAUACGCCGCCCGAGAUACGCGAUCGCGAUAAUAUCGAUCGUAUUUAUAUACUCGACGCACAAUAUAAUAAUAAUAAUAAUAAUAAUAAUAAUAAUAACAUAAGCGGCUACCGUUAAGCCGGUUUCGUCGAUUUACAUGUAAAACGGUCGUGACGGCGGCGGUGCGACGGAUGAAAACGUACAAAAAAAUAUAUAUAUAUAAAAAAAUACGUAAUAUUAUUUAUACAAAAAAAAAAAAAUUAAAUUAAAGAAAUCGCCGCCGCCAGGUCCGCGGUGUAUCGCACGUUCUCAUCUCGACGCGUGUUUCUAUCACAAUAUAAUAAUAAUUUGUCGCGCGCCCCCGUAACGACCGCGACGACGACCGAACCGCACCGUCGGCGCCGUUACGCCGCGUUUUAGACGCAUAAAAAAUAUUAUUUCGAAUAAUUAUUAGAAAACCUACCCACCGUUCUCCGAAAAUAAAACGUUCGACGAAUCUAUUUCAACGAUCUAUUAAAACCUUAUUUUUAUCCCGGAUCCGAUCUAUUUUAAAUAAUAAUGUAUACUGUUCCGCGAAGUAAAAAAUAAAACACGGCGAAUCCGUCUUGUAGAAGAAUAUUCAUGAAUUUGAUGAUCGAAUUUUAAAAUUCAAAAUGUCCGUUGAAAUAUAGCGCAAACAUCCCACUGCAGUGUUUCCCGUCCGAACAUUUCAGGGUUAAUGUCCAUAGCUAUGCGCCACCGAAUUAUGGACUGUACAAAACAUAAUAUAUACCUUUAUUAUACGGUUUUUCCGGUUUAAAAUACAUCACGGGUGAAAAAAAAAAUCGAACAAACAGAAUAAUAUACAAUUGUCUAAUGUAUAGUUUAGGUCGACGCAAUUCUUGACUUUUAAACCGCUCGCGUUGUGUUUAAACGUACCUACGUGUGUUUUCGUCUAAACCAUAUUCUAUAUCCCGUUAAAACACAGUAAUAUCGUGUUUACAUAUGGGUGCGUCGAAUUAGGUGUCGAAUUUUUUGUAUGUAAAAUAUCUAACAAUACGUACAUAACACAUUUAUUCUUUAAAGUUUAGAAAUUACACAGAACUAUUAGAAAGUUAUAAAUUGUUUUGCCUGUGUGCGUUAAACGAGACGAACCGUGAUAAUGUUUUGUUACCUAAUAACCCGUACAUAUUUCGGGCGAUACACGAUUCCGCACAAUAUACCUUUUUACCUAUCCGAUUCCACAUAAAAAUUCUUGCAACGUUGACAUUUAUGAUAAAAAAUGUAUUUAAAUUUUUCCCUUAUAAUAAAUAAUUAAAAUUAGUCAAAAAUUAUAAAAUAAACACGGUGCGAUUUUUGUCAGAAAAGCAGCGCCACUUUAAAAGUUGAUCGCAUUUACGAACACCGAAAAAUCUAUGUUUAUAACCAUUGACAACAGCUAAUUCUUUAUUUUUCUUUGACACCAUAAUUCAAAUUUCUGAAUUAUUCAAUUUAAUUUAUAAUGAGUAAACCACAAAAUAUCGCAAUAUACGUAAUCGUACAGGUAACUGAUGAGUUUCUGAUUAAAUGUACAUUGUAGAGUGUAGACUAUAAUCUGUACUGUAGAUAAACUAGAAUUUGGAUUAAAAUCAAAAUAAUAUUUUUGAAAUACAAUCGACAACGUCACAAAUUAGUUUUUUGCGGAAUCGUGAAUCGCCGCAUAUUUUACUAUCGUAUUUUCUUAAUUCGACUAUUUAUUUCUGUUAUAAACGAUCCGCGUCAUGAAGUUUACGGAAAGAUCAAACAUUUAUUAUAGGUUAUUUUCGUUUUUGAUAUUCGUUUCAACACGCUCGACUAUAAUAUAUUAUGAUUCACGAAAAUGCAACGGUAGUGAACAAUAUAUAUAUAUACCUGUUUAUUUAUCCACUACCGUUGCAUUUUCGUGAAUCAUAUUAUAUUAUAGUCGAGCGUGUUGAAAAGAAUAUCAAAAACGAAAAUAACCUAUAAUAGACGUUUGAUCUUAUGAGUCACAUAUGAUCAGUAAGUUUAACCCAUAUAGGUGCCCGUGAUUUUGAAUCGUAGUACCGGGUUCAAGAAUUAGUAAAUCACGCAACAAAUGAAUGCGAACGAUAAUAUUUAACGACUACACGAAAUGUGUCUCAACAUAAAAACAUUAUUUUAUUAUUUUAUUUUAGGACCUUUAAACGUCAUUUUACUAAUAAGAUUUAAAAUUACGCCAACGUUUACACGAUCGAAUACUAUACAAGUACAAUGUUAUAACUUAUACGAACGAACUACGAUUAAACAGACGACACGCAUUCUAAAAGUAUAAUCUGUACAUAAUAAUAAUUUGUAUAAAACUGGGAUGUAAAUGAAAAGCAUAAAUAGUAUUUUAUUUAGACUCGCGGUUAGAAUAAUGCCCGCGAUUUGCAUCCGUAUUGUUUCUCGAAUUCCGUUUUUUUUCGUUUGAAACUCGAAAACUCGGAAUUUGAGAUUUCUGAUCUUGUUCUUUUUAAAUAAAUAAAAUAUACCCCGAACGUGUAGACUCGAAAAGUUAAAUUCUUCCUUUUCAUACAAGCACAGGUAUAUGAUUGAACACCGUAAAAAGUUCAACAUUGAGCGCGAGAUUCUUUAAAAUGGGAAAGGCGAAAGUUUUUCCCGCAAACAAUAAUAACCUGAACCGACUUCCCCGACUUAUUGAAUGCCGAAUUGAAUAUUUAUUAUUAAUUCACGCCUUUUUAUUUUUUUUUUUCAUGAAUCCUUGCACAACAAAUGGAACAAAUUAGAACGGAGUAAGUAUAAAACUAAUUUUCAAUAGUGACGGGGAAAAAAAGGGUUUGGCAAUUAAACAAUAAGCGAUUGAGAAGCGUGACGAACCGCAUAGUAUUAUGCGGGAAGAAAAAAAACAAGAGAGAAUUUAAAGUCCUACGUGUUAUAUGCAUAUACCCUUUUUGAGCAAACCCCUUGACACUGUUGUCAUUUUUUUUCUGUGUGCGUAUGUGUACGUAUAUUAUUCAACUUCUGUAUAUAGAAAAUACAAUAUUCGGCCGACAACAUCUGUUCGAAAUUUUAAUUGUCCUCGAAACGUUUACGAAACGAUUUAAAAAUCAAAAAGGGGUAACAAAUCAUAGCACUCUGGCUCGACGAGCCACCCCAACUGCGUUAUAUUAACAUAAAGGAUAUAUAAAAUAUUAUUAUUAUUGAAUUGAAUGUCCGCACCCCGGAAGGGUUGUGUUGUACUUAUAUGUGUGAUAUUCUAAUGCACUACAGUAUACAUAUAUAUACACCCACUGAAGAAUCGUAUCGAUAUUAUUACAUUUUCGUGUUCAAUUGUUGUAUAUAUAGUCCGGCUGCACAAGACGUCGACAACCCUAUAUAAAUAUAUAUAUAUAUAAUGUAUAAAAUGAAAAAUAAAUAUUAAAAAAUAUAUAUAUAUAAAUGUAUAAACUCCUUUUUUCUCUCGGCUCUUUGUCCUACACGCGAUAGUUGGAUGGGUUCAACUAUUUUUUCCCUUCCACAUCUCCCUAAUAUAUGUCCGGAUCAUAAUUUCUACGCAUAAUACUUUUGCCUACAUCUUUUCGUAUCUCUCCUAAUAACACCCAAACAGAUACCCGGAAAUGUCAUAUUAUCAAGUAUUAUAUUGGCGGCCCACCGGUUUUAUAGAAUAUUAAAAAAAAUCAGGGGUUUUUUUUAACCCGUUUCAUUUCAUUAAUUUUCUUUACGUCCUCUGCAAAAUUACCGCACGAGAUUGCGGAAAUUCUUUGGAGAAAGGAUCGUUGCUACAGUAUAACAGCGCACCGGCUCAAUUUCAGUUUCGUUAUUACGCCUUUCGCCCCCUUCGGCGAUCGGGCCGCCGCCGCCGCCGGGCUUAUUAUUACUUCAGUCCAAAACGUUUCCCGCAAAAAAAUUUCCGCAACUUUCCAAUGUCCCAAGACUACGAUGGCGCAAUUAUAACGAUAAUUAUUGUAUUAUUUUACGUUAAUCAUGUACCUACACUUAUUAUAUUUUGUAUAGGUAUAUCGAGUAAAAUCUAGCCGCACAAAAAUUAUUAUUACUGUGGGACUCGAUCGCUUUCUUCGGAUGAUAUACCCAUUGCUCUAUGACUGCAGAAAAUGAACGUCAUCAUCAAAAAUCACUUGUCGUGGUGUGCACCAUACUACUCUUAAAAAGAUUUGUUUUGUUAUUGUUCCCCAUCUGUAAACAACUUUCCUACCGAACAUCUUCUUGCUCCGAUCAUCAACUGUAAAGACAGUUUAUAAUAGCAUAUUUUUUCUAUAGUUGGUAAGGAGGUAGUUUUUUGAUUUUUGUUGUAGGUUUCUUAACAAUUGGAAGAAAAAAUGUCGGAAAAUAUACGCAAUAGCGGUUUUUGUUAUUUUCGAUUUUGUUUUUUUUUUUUUUUGUAAUUCAGUUAAAAAUAUUCGUGGAGACCUGAAUACUUAUAUUAACCCUUUCUAGACGUAGUACAAUUUCCAAAAUAUUCUAGCGAUUUUCGAGUUAUUUAUAUCCAAUCGAAAUUUUAGAUAUUUUUAGUUUUUAUUUGGCUUAUAUUGAUUAAUUAUUUUGGCCUAAUCAAAUUGCUCAAAAAUUUAACACGAGGUUUAUCAUAAGCCUUUAACUUUGUGGUGAAAAAACUUCGCUUAAAACGCAAGUGCAGUUGAACGAAACACAUAUUUCUUCGUCCGCAUCACGAAAUUGUCGUUGUCAAAUCCUUUGUUUAUCAACACUCUCUCCAUAACAAUAUAUUGUCCGUUAUUUUGACAGGGAUACACGCCAUGUCAUAUAGCAAUGCAGUUCGGACACGAAGAAAUCUACAAGAUACUGGUCGAGUCUUACGGUAAGUACCAAACUAUGCGGGGAAUGGGUUAAAAAAUAUCUCCGACCCGCCCGCACUGUGUAUAAUAAUAUUAGAAUCGAUUUAAUUAAUUUAAUUAAAUCAAUUUAUUCAUAAUUGAUUUUUUAUAGUUUAUUUAAUUAAUUAAACCCCCUUAUUUAUACUGCUGAUUUUCAAUUUAUAAAUUUUGCAAACAAAACGUUCGACCGUGAACUCUCAGCUCCUCAAAUCCGUAUAUUUUUCCCUACGGUUUCUUUAGUCCCAUGGAAGACGGGCUGAAGUCAUUAGUUUAUUGUUUUCAACACAGGCAAAUUCAAUUUUGAAAAUACAUACAUUAAUACACUGCAUACUCUCAUUUAGAAAAUGCAUACAAGUAUUGAAGUAUGCCUUUAGAUUAAAAACUAUAGGGAAAAACUACAUAAGAAAACAUUUAAAAAAAUAAAAGAGCUGAUACUGCUUGUGGGUGUUCCACUGGUUUAGAUGAGAAUUUGAGAAGGUAGGAUACAUAGAGUUAUUUAAUUUACACCUGAACGCAAUGAUAAACCAUUGCUAACUAAGGUUAAGUAAUGUUUUGAGUGAAGUUCGAUCAUACAUAUUUUGAUAAGUUUUACCAUUUUCAUCAAAAUUUAAACUUAAAACGUUUAUAAAAUUAAAACUAUAAACUAAAUUCCACUCGAAUUCGUUUUAACCACUCAAUACAGCUUAUAAUGAACCUCGAGUUAAAUUUUCAUGUAUUUCCGUUAGACCGAAACGAUUUUAUUCACACAAAACGAAAUUCUAACUAAAAAAAAAAAAAAAAUACUCGAAACCCUAAGCCGUUCUUCCCUAGGCUGAAAGAUUUAUUGUUGCAUUUGAAAUUAAACCUUAUAUCUUCGUGUGUGCUAUAAUGCAGGAGCCGACCCAAACGAGCGUGAUUGGAGCGGCCGAAAACCGAGACAGUACCAGACCAAUCAGGACACGAGCCUAUCGGCGGACACGUAUCGCAGUGAGUAUGCCCGCGAAAAGCCCUCGUCGGCCGGCAAGCUCCUUCUGUUCAGCUCGUUACCGAGGCCUAAACGGCGCGCUAAAAAAAACGUCAACCUGCAGCCGACUUCCUUUUCGUUCUCGCAUGCCGCACAAGUAGUAAACAAUGCCGCCGCCGCCGCCACCGCCACUACCCCGUCCAAGAAGGACAAACACCACGGCGGAGGCGCUUUACCGUUUUCCGGCUUGUACCACUAUUCCUCCGCCAUGCCAUGAUAAUUAUUAUAAUAUUUACCACCGUGUAUUAGCCAUAUAUAAUACCUAUACAAUAUUACGACGACCACGUAUAUUAAUAUUGGUUUUUAUUUUUUUUUUUAAAAAAGCUCAAAAUAAAUAUACACAAUUUGAUGACCCUCUCCCGCCCACAAAUCGUCGUCGUUUUUAUACGGGCGUUACGAUAAUAAUAAUUUUAUAAUGUCUUCCUACACUCUUUCGUUCUCCCUCUUCGUGAUUUCAUGCAAUCCUUCGCGAUCCCACCCGUAACGGGUCCGCCCAUUAUAAAUACGUGUUUGUAGCUCAAAUAGUGAUUUAAGUACAGUAGUAUUAAUGUAUAUUAUAUGUACAGGAAAUGCGCUUAUUAAAAUUCGGUCGUGAUUAGAUUUUCAAAAAUAUCUCCAUUACAUAAUUUCACUUAACACCAACUAGUUUUCUCGCCGAAAUUUUAAUCAUUUCAAUCUCAAUAUACUAUUAUUGCCCUUAUAUAUGUAUUGUGCUUUAAAAAUUUAAAGUGACUACCGUUAUUUUUUUUUAAAGGCGUAAAUCAUGAAAUUAUUAUUAUAUAGUUUAUCGUCUAGCUUGGGUACACUUUUUUUAAAUUUAAUUCACAACGGAUUACAUCGGUUUAUAUUAUUCCGCCACCCCUAUCAAUCCGUUUGCCGAACACACUCGACUAUUAUGCUGCAAUAUAAUAUUAUUUAUAUUGAUAUCACCGCAGUCGAUUAAUACCCUUGAAUUUCAAACUUUAUGUUCUAACACGAAAGUUAAUUAUUAUUAAGUUGUUUUCUUAUACUAUAAUAAUAAAUAAUAUCGAUUUCGACAUAUUUCGCGCCCGGCUAUCAUUAAUACGACGACGGCGUGGCAUCUAAAACCCUCCUCGCCUCUUCUCCUCCACCAUCAUAAUACAAUGGUAAUUUAAUAUACGUGGCGUUUUCUUUUUUUUUUCAAUUUUUUACCCGGUGCAUAGUUUGUGCAAUCUUACUAGAAUAUACAAUACACUAUUGCUUUCUAUAUAUUAUUAUCUAUAAUUUAUUGUACAUUUAUAACUAUGGCUGCAGUUACCGCAGCACCGUAUAAUAAUAUAUAAUAUUUACAAAAUUGCAUUUUGAGUGAUAUACCGUUAAACUGUUAUUUUAUGUGACUCGUACGGUUCUAUCAAUACGUUUUCAUGAACCUUCCAUAUACGAUACAAAUUUUAAUUUAAAAAAAUAAUAAUAAUCACUACAGCCCCAUUAGUACUAAAAAAAAAUUAUUGUUAAAAAUUCAAUCAUAAUUUUACCGCUUUUUUUCUUUAUAAAAAAAAAAAAAAACGAAAAGAAUUUUAAAUGUUUAACCAUUAACAUUCUAUAAUCAUUCACAAAACAAAAAUGAUAAUAAUAUAACAAAAUAUCUCGUUAAAAUUUUUAUAAAACUUGUUAUAUAAUUAGUACGAGUUUUGUUAAAACCGUUUUCAAUAUUUUCCUUGACGAUAAUUGAUUUUUAUUUUAUUAUCAUUGGUACUGAUUAUCUUAUUUGGUUAUUAAUAUUAUUUUUGUUUUUAUUUUUUUUUUUAUUACACCCAAUAUUGUACAAUGAAAAGACCCUUAACAAAAGUACCGUUGUACAUUCAAAACCCAUAACAAUUUUAAAAACCAAUGCCAAAGUUUUCUCUUCUUUGAUCUCGCUAUAAAUAUCUGACUUUUGAUGUUCUGCGAAACAAACGAAAAAAUGAACAAUUAUAAUUUAAAUUGUUCAUGUUUUCCUUCUAUACCUAUUGUGUACUUACAUCAGAAAUAUUUGUUAUCGCGGUUAUUUUAUUUUAUUAAAAUGACGUUAUGACAAACUCAAAACCGUGCAUUUUACUCAAUAUCGAAUAUUUUAAUCGAAUUCUAGUUGUAAACAUCGAGUAACUGAAAAUAGUUUUUUUUUUUUUAAUAUUUCACACACGCAGUUUAUAAAGAGAACGUUACACUUAACCAUUUGUUGUCUCCGUCUUACAAACGCUGUACAACAUAGAAAAUUCGAGGUUCAAAAGAACCAAUUUCGUGCUCUCAUACUUAGUAGUGAAUUAACCUAUUAUCAAACUUAUUAUAGGAAAGAAUCUAUUAUCUAAGUUUGUUUCGUUAUUUGUAUUCUCAAGUGUUUUAUAAAUGUGUGAAAUCGCACAAUUUAAAAAUGAUUGUAUUUCGUUUAAAUAUUAAAAUCGUGAGAAAAAAAAACCACAUACAAACGCAAAUAAUGUUCUUUCCUUGGAGUUUGAUAACGGGUUAAUUGAAUAUUAUAUUAAAACUAACAGCACCAAAUUGAUUCUACUAAACUCAAGUUGUCUGUGUCGUGCGUUCGUAUGAUAUGGAAACAACAAAAUAUGCGUGCUCCUCUGUUAUAUUUCGAACAAAUUUCGAUUUGCGUGCUAUUUGAAAAACACAAUUACGAACAAACGUGUUUUAUGCCAAAUAAAAUACCCGCGCCUUUUUUAAUAUGUUUUUUGUUAUAAAACGGUUUGUGGUUUUUGUUGUAAAAAAUAAAUAUAAUAAUAAAAAAAUUGCAUGAUAAUAAUUUAAUAAUACUGUGUAUAGUUAUAUGAUAAAUAUAUUUUUAUAAAUCAUUUGCAAUGUAAUUAUUAUAUUGUUAGAAAAUUGCAUUUUACACGAACGGUGCUGGAUUAUAGUUGUAUUAUAAUAGCAGUCGUGCCGCUGCUUGGCAUAUUAGUAUUGCGAAACGUUUGGAGAUCAUCCGUUGUAUCAGCCUUACAAAUUCGCUUCAAUAAUAUUUUUAUAUUUUAUUUUAUUGUACGUUUGUUGCAUGUUUUAGCAUGUCCCCUAUAGUAAUAGAGUCGUGAUAAAAUGAUAAAAGAAGAAAACAAUUCUCGAUUUGUAUAUCCAUUUCGAGACUGCACAAAAAGCACGAUGCUAUUUUUUAAUAAUAUUAUAUCAUUGACGGCGUGAAGGGGGUACAAGGGAUUAAAAUCGCAUAUACCUAACCCCUUAAAUACCUACCUAUUAUUAUUGUCUUAGUUAAAGAUCAGUUAAUGGUUCAAUUUGUUUCUCUCGCAGUUUCUAAUUCCCCCAAGAAAACGGUUACUUAAUAAAGGGCCUCUACAUCAAUAUAUUUUGUUUCUCUUUUUGUUUCAUAUGCCUAGUAAUAUAGCAACAUAGGUAGUCUGCACUUCUACGAUUGCGACUCUCUGAUUAGAUUUAUAGCAAAGUGACCAAUUUAUACGUUUUAUCAGCAAGAGUAUAUUUACCAUAUAUAAUAUGCUUUGACCCUAUGAUUUUAAUAAUAUUUUCAUUUUUUAUCAAGAUAAGCGUGGUUUUUUGUUAAUUUUAAAUGUUAAUAACUAUUAUUAAGCAAUAAAAAUAUUAAAAAGUCAUCCAGUCACAGCAUAGUAAAUACUCUAAUUUAAACUCUGUACACUCGUAUAUUUAUCUUUGAAAUUUAUUAAAUAGUUCAAUAUUACUAAACGGCCUAACCUGUAUGCAGACAUUCUAAAUGGAUUAAAUUAAUAUAACUAUAACAUUUAUACAUACACGUAUAUGCAAUUUAAAUCAAUAAACAAAUAAGAAGAAAUUGUAUGCCCCAAUUAUAAAAAAAAGCCAAAAAUUAACUUAAGCCCUUUUCCCUGGGAUCAAAGAUAUUAUAAGAGUACAAUAAAAUUUGCGAUUUUUUAUUUUUUUAUUUUUUUUUUAAGUUAAUAAGUGAGGUUUAGUUUAAAUUUCUUUAUAUAAAUCCGUCCCACGCCGUCAUUGUCGCAUUAUAACGCAAUAACAAUAUUAAUGAUAUUUUCCAAAAUUUUACUCCGCGAUUUAAACUACUGCUACACAACUCUUGUAUUCGACUUGUAUUUUUGUUAACGUAUUUUUACGCGUGAUAACCAUAAUAAUAUUCGUUUGUUAAUUUCCUACAAUACAUUCUUGCCGACCAUAUUGCGAUAUUUAAAAACUGAAUGAUAACCACCUUUUCUCCCACCCCCGAAACCGAUAAUACUUAACCGUAAAUUAUUAUUUGUUUUGCUUAUAGGGCUGUUGGAAGCGGAAAGGCAAGUAAAAUUUUAUAUUAAGUGUGCGAUGGUGUAUGUGUGUGUUUGGUUUUAUUCUCACUUCGUAGUAGGUAUUAUAUAAUAUUGUAUCCCCAUAUAGAUAUUACACUUUAUAUUUCGCACCGUUUUACAAAAUUAUUAUUAUUAUUAUUAUUAUUUAUACAUGCACACACGAACUCUAAUAUUUUCUACUAUACAGUGUGAUCCAAAUAACGUAAAACACUCAUUAUCUCGAAAAGUGUUAAUUUUUUUUUCGGAAUUGGUGUUUUAGAAAUUAUUUUAUAAAACAAACGGUUGUCCAUUGUUACAUUAGGAACUGUUAUUUUUUUGUCUCCGUCCUUUUUGAUGGUAAAACCUACUAAAUACUUUUGUUUUUCAAAUAGCAAUUUAUAUUAAACAUUUCAUAAAUAGUUCAAAUGUGAAUUUAAAUCAAUUUUGAUGUUUUUAAUUUACGUCAACCCGUUGUCGAAAUAUUCCACUAUUAAAUUUCGACAGAAUAGUAUGUUGUAGUGAAGCAUAAUGUGUGAUGGCGUUUAAAUAGUGCCCCACUACUCAGCUUCUAUCACCACAAAACGACAAACUAAAAAUUGAAAUAUUUCACAACGGGCACAAUUGAAAAUUUCAAUGCCGACACUUAUUUAAACGAAAACCUCGUUCGAAACUUGUGCAAUUUUCAAUAGAUUUUUCUAUUUGGAAAUCAAAAAUGGGCAGUGAUUUCAACCCCAAUACGCAUUCUAGGACAUAUAUGUAAAAGUUUAAAAAAACCAAUUACGAAAAAAAUUGAUAUUUUCCAGUCUUUCGCGUUAUGUUGAUCCCCCUGUAUAUACUUAACACGUAUUCGCUUCGUACCGCUACAUUAUAUCUGCGUGUAUACCUACAUUAUAAUAUUAUAAACGGACAACUGUGCAAUUAUACGAAUCGCAUGUCGUAUGCAUAUAGUAUACCCGCAGUAGCUACUCGUAUAUUUUAGGUAUAUACACACUCGAAACUUUGGCCAAAAUUUAAUAAUAUUUAGGUACACCUUUAUAUUAUAACAAUGCUGUGCUCUAUCCGCCUAAAAGUUUCGCCAAAAACAAUAUUGUACCAUUUAUAUUGUAUUACGUAUAUAUAUAGCUAACAACAUAAUAAUACGCUGUCUGCAGUUAGAAAAUUAGUUUUAACACACGCGAAAUAAUCCUGUUUUUUGUUCUCUUGCAGUCUGCGUUCUGUAUAAUAUGAUGAUAACGCUAUAUUUUUUUAUUUAUUAAUAUUAUGUUUCCGAUCGUGUUUUCUUCGAUUAUCGAGACGUUUUUUUUUUUUUUUUGUUCUUCGUUCAUAAUAUACUGUAGUGUUUGUUUGUUUGCAGAACUAAACGCCCGAAAACACAAACACGCGGGUAAGUCAUGAGAAUGAGAACUCACCUAUAUAAUACAAUAUCAUUGCUUUUUACAUAAUAGUAUAAUAUUAUUGAUAUCACAAAUCAUCGGUGUUUGGUUCCGUUCUUCCGUUCGUUACAAUAUACAUAUUCAUAUAUUUAUAAUAUUAUAUCCGAUAAAGGUUUAUAAUUUAUUUAUUAUAAUAUUUUUAAUUGCGUGAAAUCACAUACACUUUUUCUACCAAAAUCUAAACGUUUCCAAACGCUGAUAAAAAUACAUUGUUUACUAUAUCGUAAUAUAAUAAUAUUUUUACAUGUACGCGUAUAUAAUUUGUAAUAUACGUGUGUAAUUCAAGUCCGGAUUAGAGAGCGAGAUUAGUUCAAAUUUCAAACUUCAAAUUUUGCACUAUGAACUUGUCAUGUUGUUGAUAAAACCGAAUUUAGAUCGAGCGGUAUAACUUAAAACAAGACAAUUUCACUGGAUUUCAGAAUUAUUUCGCCGUCGGAAAAUGAUUACAAAAAAAAUUGUAGUUUUAAAAACAUUGCGGGCGAUCCGUGCAUACAUAGUAAUAGUUUAGAAUUAGCAGUUUGAACUAAUGGUUGAUACCAUGACAAGUAAUAAAGUAAUGUUAGAUAAAAAAUUUAAUAUAUUUGCUAUGCGCAUCAUAUAUACGAAAAUUGGAGGAAUGGGACCAUAGUUUUUACAGUGGGUUGAUAAUAGAAAAGGAGUAUGUAAGCGGAGAUAAUUCUAGGUCCGAUGUGCUAUAAAAUAUCCAAAAAUAAAUUCACGGAAAUAAUUUAAUCGGAAAAAUAUUUUUUUCAAAACCGUAUUUUGUCCAAAAAUAUUUUGUGACUAACCCCAUAAAUAUGAUAAUAUGUACGAAUAUAUACAUCUAAACAUAUUCAAAUAGAACUUCAACCACCAUGGUUAAUAAUUAUUUAUGUAAUUAUUUAAACAAAAAUGUCCAUAGUCAAUGAUUAGUGCAACACCAGUUUAAUAUUAUUUCGCCUUUAUUGUGACACCGCGACACAUUUUCGUCUAAAAAAACUGUUCUAAUAAAAUAUUUUCAUAUAUUUUACGCGGAUCGGCUGGAACCCUAUAAAAUUCACACAGGAAACAUUCGCAAAGCCAUUGAAGAGUUUUUUUUAGAUACAGAAUAUAUCGUGUAACAAUUCAAUUUGCAACCUUAAAACCCUUUAGAUUUUUAUUCACACAAAAAAUGACUACAGGAUAUUCAAAAGUCUACUUUUUAAAAUGACUCAGUUCAAACUUGUGUAUUAUUUUGUACACAGAUCGCAAAUAAUGUAUUCAAAUAUCUGCUAUCAUAAUAUUUGUGAUGUACGCGUACAUUAAGAAUAUAUUUCAUUACAGUAUAAAUGUAUUUUUUAAGAUAUUAUGUAAUUACGCAGUAGAUAAUAAAAAAAUAUCCAAUAAUAACAAUGUCUCGUCGUUUUUGUUUUGUUUUGUUUUUGAUUUUUAUUUAUAAUGCGCUGCAGAAAAGGAUCUAGGAUUUCUGAGGAUCGGAUCCCUGAACGUACGCGUUAAGCGUACCACCGAGGCGUUCAGCAACUUUCUGGGCGUCGGACACAACGCCGAAAAAAUCCACAAAACUUGGGGCUCUGCCGACAAUAUACAACAGGUUACAAAACACACAACCGUAUAGUACAAUUAUUAUAUAUAAAAACACAUAAACAAAAUUAUUAAAUUAUUAUAAUAACGUGUAAAUCAGUUUGAUAUUAUUAUUUUAUUGCAUGCCGAUUGUUCUCGUGUUGAGAUGUAAUGCGUUUUAACGUACUUGGGUUUUUUAUUUUGUUUUAAUGUUACCGUUACCGGACGUACAGAACGACACCAAAAGAAUGCCUCCUCCGAAGAGCGCUUCGAUUAAGAAGAGGAAAUCCAAACGACCGCAAGACUUUCUGAGGAGGGCCUCGACUCCAGUGGACAGGUCGCCGGAAAAGAGGAUGUCUGCGGACUACGUGACCACAGGCGAUUCCGAUUCGGAUACAGCUUGCGGCUUUGGCACGAAUUGGCAUCCUUCUUAA